AUGACCACUGCUGUUAUUUUGCUGGUGACGGAGAUUGGUGCUUCUAUCGGCGGUAGUGUCGCGAUAUGGACGAGAAAGAUGCCUAGCAAACUUGCGCAGUCCCUACCUGAUCUUUCGGAGAAGGAACGUACUACUCUAUUCUCCUCAAUUCCUGAUAUGACGAAAUAUGAACGGGGUACGCAUGUUCGUACGGGCGUGAUCCUUGGUUAG